AUGUAUGCCCUUACAGCUGAGGAGGCUGAAGCUAGUACAGAAGUAGUAGCAGGUAUAUGUGCAUUGGUCUUAUUCGAUUUUAGGGCAUCACAUUCAUUUGUGUCUAAGCAAUUUGCUAGAAAGCUUGAUGUGCCAUCGAGGACCUUAGAAUGCAAGUUAGUGGUUAGCACACCUACAGGCGUAGUGGAACAGUUGAAAGAGGUCUGUGGGCAGUGUUCAGUUGAGAUUGAUGGGAAGACACUAGAUGCCCAGCUUAUCAAAUUCAACAUCAAUGUUUACAAUGUGCUCUAUGUGUCUAUGCUGAAGCGGUACAUCCAUGAUCCAUCACAUGUGUUGCCCGUGGAACCUGAAUAUUUAGAGGCUGAUAUGACCUAUGAAGAGCAGCCCGUUGAAAUUCUAGACCAUAAGAUAAUGACUCUUCGCAAUCGCUCCAUUGCCUUUGUGAAAGUCUGA